AUGGUGUUCCCAAUGGUGCUCCUCAGGCUUGCAGACUUGGUCUUGUACCAGUUGCUUGCUAACUCUUGUUAUAGAGCAGCAAGAAAAAUGAAAAGUUAUGGUUACCAUUUGGGGUAUCUGUCAUCUAAACCACCACACCAACCUUCAACUUUUCCUAGUAUUACCAAAUGUGAUUUGGAGGGUGGAGGGUCACAAACACUUAUUUGUGACAUACAUAGAGUCCUUUUGAGGUCCCACUCUUUCUUUCCUUAUUUCAUGCUGGUUGCCUUUGAAGGUGGUAGCAUUUUCAGAGCCCUCCUUUUGCUUUUGUCUUGUCCUUUACUGUGGAUUUUAAACCAUGAGCUAAAGCUUAGGGUCAUGACAUUCAUCACCUUUUGUGGGUUAAGAAUAAAGGACAUGGAGAGUAUUUCAAGGGCAGUGUUACCAAAGUUUUAUUUGGAGAAUCUCAACCUCCAGGCUUAUGAGGUUUUGGCUUCAGCAGGGUCCAAAGUUGUCUUCACAUGUGUGCCUAGAUUGAUGGUAGAAGGAUUUCUCAAGGAGUAUUUGAGUGUCGGUGCUGUUAUAGGUACAGAGUUACACACUGUUGGCUGCUACUUCAGCGGUUUGUUAUCUGGCUCUGGCUUACUUGUGAAGCAUAGAGCCCUCAAGGAUUAUUUUGGAGAAAGAAAGCCUGACAUUGGGAUCGGAAGCUCAAGUGUCCAUGAUCAUCUUUUCAUCUCCCUUUGCAAGGAAGCUUAUGUGGUGAACGAUAAUGAAGAGGGCAAGAGCAGUACAAGCUCAGUGAUGCCAAGGGACAAAUACCCAAAACCCUUAAUAUUCCAUGAUGGAAGACUAGCAUUCUUGCCAACUCCCUCAGCAACACUCUUUAUGUUUAUGUGGCUUCCAAUUGGAAUUCUUUUGGCCAUUUAUAGAAUCCUUUUGGGUAUUUUCCUUCCUUAUGAAUGGGCAAUGCCAUUAGGAGUUUGGAGUGGUAUAGAUCUAUGUGUCAAAGGUUGCAGCCCUGAAAAAUCAGAGCCAAACAAAGGGGUCCUCUAUGUUUGCACUCAUAGGACUCUAUUGGAUCCAGUUUUCCUAAGCACAUGUUUGGCAAAGCCUUUAACUGCAGUCACAUACAGCUUAAGCAAGGUUUCUGAGUUCAUAUCCCCUAUAAGAACAGUGAGAUUAACAAGGGACAGAAGAAAAGAUGGUGAUACCAUGCAAAGGCUUCUUAGAGAAGGGGAUUUGGUUGUGUGUCCUGAAGGAACAACUUGUAGAGAACCAUAUCUAUUAAGGUUCAGCUCACUGUUUGCUGAAUUGGCUGAUGAGAUUGUUCCUGUGGCUAUGAAUGCUCAUGUCAGCAUGUUCUAUGGGACCACAGCAAGCGGUUUGAAAUGCUUGGACCCAAUUUUCUUUUUCAUGAAUCCAAGGCCUAGUUAUCACAUUCAAAUUCUUGAAAAGGUUCCUAAAGAACUUACAUGUGCUGGAGGAAGGUCUAGUUGUGAAGUGGCAAACUACAUACAGAAACAGUUGGCUGAUGCUUUGGGAUUUGAGUGCACUACACUCACAAGAAGAGAUAAGUACAUGAUGCUAGCAGGGAAUGAAGGAAUUGUUCAAGAAGAGAAGUGGAGAAAAUGCUAUUGA